AUGCCACCCGAGACUGCGUGGGACAGGGGCGCUGUCGCCCCCAGCAGGCUUGCUGCCUGGUGCCCUGGAGCAAACUGGCCUAGGAAGAUCCAGGCAGCUCUCCAAGGGCUCAAGGUCGUUUGCCCUCCCCUCUCCGCCUUCUACCUGCUUUUUGUGAUCUUUGUGUUGUCUACCAUCUUCCACUGCCACCAGCGCCUGGCUCUGGUGCCUGCGCCCUGGGCCUCUUCAGCCCUUGUGGUCUUAUCCCCAAGACACCUGCCCCCAGAGGGCAUGUUCACCAUUAAUGUCAAAGGCCGCCUGGGGAACCAGAUGGGCGAGUACGCCACGCUGUUCGCCCUGGCCAGGAUGAACGGGAAGCCCGCCUUCAUCCCCGCGUCCAUGCACAGCGCGCUGGCGCCCAUCUUCAGGAUCAGCCUCCCCGUGCUGCACGGCGACACCGCCGGGAGGAUCCCCUGGCAGAACUACCACCUCAACGACUGGAUGGAGGAGCGGUACCGCCACAUCCCGGGGCGCUAUGUGCGCCUCACCGGCUACCCGUGCUCCUGGACCUUCUACCACCACCUGCGCCCCGAGAUCCUGCAGGAGUUCACCCUGCACGACCACGUGCGCGAGGAGGCCCAGGCCUUCCUGCGCCGCCUGCGGGUGAACGGGAGCCAGCCCGGCACCUUCGUGGGCGUCCACGUGCGCCGCGGAGACUACGUGCAUGUCAUGCCCAACGUGUGGAAGGGCGUGGUGGCUGACCGGGGCUACCUGGAGAAGGCCCUGGACAGGUUCCGGGCACGCUAUUCGGCUCCAGUCUUCGUGGUCAGCAGUGACGACAUGGCCUGGUGCCGGAAGAGUAUCAGUUCCUCCCUGGGGGACGUGGUGUUCGCGGGCAACGGCCUUCAGGGGUCACCUGCCAGGGACAUCGCACUGCUCACCCAGUGCAACCACACCGUCAUGACUGUGGGGACCUUUGGGAUCUGGGCUGCCUACCUCACAGGUGGGGACACUGUCUACCUGGCCAACUUCACCCAGGCCAGCUCCCCCUUCCACUUGAUUUUCAAGCCAGAAGCAGCCUACCUGCCCGAGUGGGUAGGCAUCGCUGCCGACCUGGGACAGGUCCAAUAG